AUGGUGGAGAGUUUUAAGCAAGAAAUGAAGGACUGUUUUGAGAUGACAAAUUUGGGGCUGUUAAAUUACUUCCUAGGAUUGGAAGUGAAACAAAAUCAAAGAGAAAUCUUCAUUACUCAAAGGAGAUAUGCAGAGGAGACAUUGAAGCUGUUUCAGAUGCAACAUUGUAACCCAGUUUGCACACCUAUGAAAUGCAGUGAGAAACUCCAAAGCAAUGACAAUUCAGGAGAUGCUGAUUCAAAGGUUUACAUAAGCUUGAUUGGAAGACUGUUGUAUCUAACACACACACGCCCAGACAUUGCCUGCACUGUGAAUUUACUCUCAAGGUUUGUUAGCAAACCUACCAAAACGCAUCUCGGGGCUGCAAAGUAUCUACUGAGGUAUAUAGCAGGGACAACUAACUUUGGAAUAAACUAUACUGAAGUAAAAAAGUGGAAGCUGAGGGGUUACAGUGACAGUGAUUGGGGAGGCUCGAUAGACGAUAGACGCAGCACUUUAGGGAUGGUUUUUGAUCUUAGUUCAUGGGCCAUCUCAUGGAGUUCCAAGAAGCAAGAGGUGACAGCUCUAAGCACAACCGAAGCUGAAUAUGUUGCUGCCACUGCUGCAACAUGUCAAGGAAUCUGGUUGAGAAGAAUGCUGGAGGAUUGUGGAAUGAAGGGUGAUAAAGCCAUUGAAGUGUGGUGUGAUAACAGGUCUGCUAUAGAAAUUGCAAAGAACCCGACACACCAUGGGAGGACAAAGCAUAUCGACAUUCGUUUUCAUUUUAUUUGUGGCCUAGUUGCUGAUGGUUUAAUUGUGUUAAAAUAUUGCAAAUCCGAAGACCAGAAGGCUGAUAUUCUCACAAAAUCUCUGCUAGUGAAGAAGCAUAAUUAUAUGAGAACGCAUCUGGGAGUUGAAGAGGUUUCAAGCAAGGAAGGGUGUUGCAAGGUGCUUGAAACUGGCUUUGAAGAGGUUGACUGGUCAGCAAUACAAGGGACGCAAUGUGGAGAAGAAAAAGGCAGGUUGACUUGUCAACUAACCAAUAGCAUGGAUGCUUCUCCACUCAGCAUUCAAGGAGCCACUCACAUUAAAGGGGCUGAGAGAUCUCUCGCCGUCACUGCAGCCCAAUGA